CCUUUUCUCCCCCACUCUGUCUCUCGCUCACUCAGCCACAGUAAACGCAAGUGUGGCUGUUCUCUUUUUGUUUAUGCCUUCUUUAUAAAUAGCGAUGCAGGUGUUUCCGUUCAGAUUCCCCCCACCACUCACUCCUAAGCCUAAUCCUUCCCUUCUCUUCGCUCUUUUUCUUCUUAGAAAGAGAGUGCUUAGAGUGUAAUUAUAUUUAUGUACCACAAUACUCGCACUUGAUAAAGCAGAGAUUCUGCUUCAAGUGUCCUACCUAUUCUUUAGUACUUGUUAUCAUCUACAUAGUUAUACACUAUCAAUCACGGUUCUCUUUCUCUAUUCAAUUGCAUAACUCAAAGACUAAUUGACAAAUUAUGGGUCUCUUAUCACAUCACCGACAUUCUUCUCAACCGUUCUUGUGCUUCGUACUCUUCCUCGUUUUCAAAGGGGUUUCAGGGGCAACAUUUACUUUCGUGAACAAGUGCGAUUACACGGUAUGGCCCGGAAUUUUAGGAAAACCCGACCUCGGAAGCUCCGGCUUUGAACUCGCCAAGGGAGGUUCCAGAAGUUUCCAGGCUCCGACCGGUUGGUCCGGUAGAUUCUGGGGAAGAACCGGUUGCCAAUUCGACGGUUCUGGACGCGGAACAUGCGCCACCGCGGACUGCGGCUCCGGCGAGAUCAACUGCAACGGCGCCGGAGCCUCGCCGCCGGCCACGCUCGCCGAGUUCACUCUCGGCACGGGUUCCAUGGACUACUACGAUGUGAGCCUCGUCGACGGCUACAAUUUACCAAUGAUGGUGGUCGCCAGCGGCGGUUCGGGCUCGUGCGCCGCCACGGGCUGCGGCGCGGAUCUCAACCGGCGGUGUCCGUCGGAACUGAGGGUGGACGGCGGCGACGCCUGUCAGAGUGCUUGCGGCGCGUUUGGGAAACCCGAGUAUUGCUGCAACGGUGCGUUUAGCAACCCUUCCACGUGCAAGCCUUCUAUGUAUUCACAAAUAUUCAAAUCCGCAUGUCCCAAAUCGUAUAGCUACGCUUACGAUGAUGCCACUAGCACGUUCACUUGUUCUGGUGCUGACUAUACGAUUACAUUUUGUCCUUCUUCUCCUAGUUUGAAGUCUUCAACGGAUUCGACUCCAAAGUUAACGAAUCCGGGUACGGGUACAGGGACUGGGUCGGGUUCACCGGUUGAGCAAUCUGAAUUAGCUUCUACUUCGUGGUUAGCGGAUAUGGCUACGGCAACGGGGGCAUCAACACGAACAAGGGCUUUUUUGAGUUCAAAGGGUUCUAUUUUGGUGGCUGUUACUUUCAUUGUGUGUCUUUUGGUGGCUUAGUUUAUGGGUUUAUUUCAUUGUGACAUCUCAACUACACAUCCUUAUCGAGAAACACGAUGGUAACAUGGAUUUAGUGUCAAAAACGAGUACUACAGUGGUAGUUAAAUUGGUGUGUGCAAAGUGGAAUACAAGCGUUUCAAUCAUUUGUUGCUGAUUUUUGUAUUGGGUACGGUGAAUUCUUUAAUUCGGAGCCUUUGGAAUUGGAAGGUAGGGUAGGGAGGGGAAUAAUUAUGUACAUUCUCUUUUAUCAAGUGGGAACGAGU